AUGGCAAUUUCGUGGGAAGUAGUCUACGAUUCCGAGGAGAGAGCGUUCUGGCGACUUCGUCGACCGAGUCAUCCUGAUUUCCUUGAGCAACACGUCCAAAAGGUUGAUCGACGACUACGUAAAGCCACCGCUCAAGGCUACCGUAACCUGAUUGAUCGUCUCAAAUUUUCUUUGAAGACGAAACCAUGGUUGAAGGCUUUGAAAGCGUCAGACACAAUGGUGCAAUGGUGGUCCUUUAAGGUUCUCGAAACAUUUCUCGAAUCCGAAUUUUCCUCGGAGAACAUUCGAUUCUGGAUCGCCAUACAGGACCUUAAAUACUCACCAAAUGAACAAAUCGAUCAGAAAACGGAGCGGAUCUAUGAGGAAUUUUUGGCGCCCGGCGCUCCAGCUCAGGUUAAUGUCGACUCUCGGACAUUGGAUCAGACGUUGGACUGCUUGCAAAAGGCAACGACAGCGUCAACACGACGUCAUGCAUUCACACAUUCUGAAGAGCAUGUCUUCACCCUCAUGGCGAAGGACUCUUAUCCACGAUUUGUACGGUCUCAAAUUUAUAAGGGAGUAUUGUCAGCAGCACAACAACAAGGGUCAAGGCGUUUGGGAUGGCGAAAUUUCAUUUUCAACAUGGGAGCCGCCAAGAAGAAUCCUCAAUGUAAACCAACUAAGCGGGAUGAAUUGCACUCGUCAAAUCUGCCGAAACAACUCAGCUCCGAUUCACUUCCGGUUCGAACAGCUCAUCCGCCCAAACCGGAAACGUCGGCUGAAUGA